AUGCCAACUACACCCAAAACAUAUACUCUCCUUCUCCUCGGUGAUGUAAUGAUUGGCCGACUCAUCGACGCCCUACUGCCCACCAGUAUAGCUCGACAGUCAUCACAUUCCGACCCCGAAUCGGCCGCAUGGACAGUUGACAAGCACAUUCUCCCACGUUAUCCCCAACUCAAGUCAUACGACUAUCUGUCGCCUUGGGGAAAUUGUACCGACUUGAUCCGAAAGUCUGAUCUUGUGCUUGCAAACCUUGAAACGGCCGUGACGACAAGCGAGAAGAAGUGGCCGAGCAAGGUGUUCAAUUACCGCACUCAUCCGGGGAACGUCCAAUGUUUGACAGACGUCGGCAUGGGCGGUGGAAUGAAAAGGGGCUGCGUGAGUUUGGCGAACAACCAUACGCUAGACUGGGACAUCGAAGGACUGCAAGAAACAGUCAAGACGUUGGACGAGAAUGGCGUCGAGUUUGCAGGGGCGGGUAGAACAAAGGAGGAGGCUGGCAGGCCCGCCACAUUGCGGCUUGGGGGUGAAGACGGGUGGGAUAUCAAAUGCUGGAGUUUCGCGGAUCACCCCAGCGAGUGGAAGGCCGUGGACACCUUCAACCUCAUCGACUACUCGGGAAAAGGGAGAGAGAUGAUUAAAGGGCAGCUCCUGGCGGAGGAUCACCGCGAGGGACAGAGAAAGUUGGGGUUGAAAGUCGUGUCGAUGCACUGGGGCCCAAACUACCGCUGGCAUCCCGCCAGGGAGAUCGUCGACUUGGCGCAUUGGAUGAUCGAUGAGUGCGGCGUGGACAUAAUCCACGGGCACAGCAGCCACCAUGUUCAAGGCGUGGAGAUAUACAAAGGGAAGUUGGUGGUCUACGGGUGUGGAGACUUCGUGGAUGAUUAUGCUGUCGACCCCAAAUUCAGGAAUGACUUGAGUGCGGCGUGGAGGGUCUCUCUUGGAGAGAAGACAGAGAAGGAGGGAAAAAGCGAGCUCGAGGUAAGGAGGCUGGAGGUCUUUCCAAACAGAAUCGAGCGAUUCCACGCACAGUUGCUGCAGAAAGACGAUCCGGAUCAUGAAUGGGUUGAGCAUAUAUUCAGAAAAUUGUGUCAUCGGUUUGGAACAAAGGUCGAGAAGGACCUGGGAGGCGAAGGGCAGAUCAUUAUCGAGGUCAACCCGUAA